GUCAUUGGACGUGUUCAGCUUUUGGGGGGCGGAGCGCCAUGAGUCAGAGAACGCAGGUGGUUGAAGAGUCGGCAUCCGCCUCUUCGUUGAACGAACCAAGCGUGGGGCGCGAGAGAUUUUACAGAAUGGCAUCCAGUUAUAGAAGACCAAACUUGGUUGCUAACCUGCGAAGGAAAAGUGGACUGAAACAUGAAUUGUCCGAGGAGCAAAAGCAGGAGGUCCGGGAAGCUUUUGAGUUGUUUGACACGGAUGGGUCUGGCACCAUUGACGUUAAAGAAUUAAAGGUUGCAAUGCGUGCUCUUGGCUUUGAGCCAAAGAAAGAAGAAGUUAGAAAGAUGGUAGCAGAUAUUGGGAAAGAAGGAAGCUGUGUCAUAGAGUUUGAAGACUUUUUGACUAUGAUGACCCAAAAAAUGAAUGAAAAAGAUACCAAAGAAGAAAUCCUAAAGGCUUUCCGGUUAUUUGAUGAUGAUGGGACAGGCAAGAUUUCAUUUAAAAACCUAAAGAGAGUUUCCAAGGAACUUGGAGAAAACUUAACAGAUGAAGAGUUACAGGAGAUGAUAGAUGAAGCUGACCGUGAUGGUGAUGGUGAAAUAGAUGAACAGGAAUUCUUGAGAAUCAUGAAAAAGACCAGUCUGUAUUAAUGGCUAUGUUACCUAAAAAGUGACCCACAAAGAUUUACAAAUAUUUCUGCUAUUCUAUGAUGAGCUCAAGAGGAUGCCAGGUUUGGAUUGAGGGAGGGAGAUGAGUGGUGCUUUUUU